ACACAUGAAUGUGCCUCGUUUCUCAGGCCCUGGACUUGUUUAAAGGUUGAUAUCAACCUUUCAACAAGUUUAUCAUUGAAUCAGUCACUCAACUAGUAAUAAAGAGCUCAAAGGAACAAGAAGAUUUUUCAAAUCGUCGACUACAAUGACAAUGAUUCAACAUAUUAGCCAUCUGGAGCACACGCUGGAGCUGAAAAAUGUUGUUUACGAGAAGGAAGUCUCCCACAUGUGUUAUGGUUGUAAUAAACCAAUCAUUACAACUUUAAGCUCUUGUAAUGCUGCAUACACUUGUACUAGCUGUAAAAGCUUCUUCCUCCACAAGACAUGUGCAGAAUUACCAACACAGAUUAAUCACCCUAUGCACGAUAAACAUUCACUCACUUUCGUCCCACGCCUCUCGUCUAUGAGUUUCUGUGACAUUUGUAAGUGUAAGUGGGAGCACUUCGGUUAUAGAUGUGACAUUUGUGAUUAUGAUAUUUGCGCAAUUUGUACUUUGGAUGAAGAUCGUGUGUUUUAUCAUACAAGUCACAGCGAUCACUCCUUAAAUCUUAUGAGGAGGGAAGCCUUGUUUGAUUGUGAUGCUUGUGGACAGAAAGCUAAAGACUCGUCAUAUUUAUGCAACAACUGUGACUUCUGGAUCCAUAAAAGCUGUGCUGCUUCAACAAACACGGUUUCUAUGCCAAAUUUUCACCAACACCCCAUGCAACUCGCUUUUUCUAUCCCAGAGAUGCAUCGCGGUUCUGAUCAAUUUUGUGGAAAGUGCAAGGAAUUAGUUAGCAAAAACUACUGGUCCUACUAUUGUCAGGAAUGCGCAUACUUUGUGCAUGUCAGAUGUGCUGCAUCCCCGGAAACAAUGGUCAAGACCAAACAAGUGAAACCCGCUGAGGUGUUUCAUGUAUUGGCUUCAGUAUAUGAUAUAAUCUCAAACACGGUAAGUUGCGUUUGUAGCUACUGCUAGCUGGAUAACACCAAACCACUGUAUGACAGUAUCUCAAUUCUCACCAAAUCAAACAUAUUGUCAUUUGAUCUUUUCAGAUGAAAAACAUAGACAUGAAGUUUAUAAUAAAGAACAGGGGAAAUUGUCUAAUCUUGUAUCUACCUGAUCAGAUAUUGACGUCUACACAUGCACAAGUGAGUUCGUUGUUGUGACUUGUGAGAA